AUGGCCGCUGCUCAAGUUUGCCCCGUGGUUGGUACCACCAACACCGUCCUCCCUCCCAAACACCCCGAGUUCGACAUGGACAAGCCUGGCCAGGUCUGCCCAGUCACCAAAGCCACCACAGACCAUCAUCACAAUCUCCACAAGCACCCCGGGAUCUUCGACUCGACCAACCAAGACCUCGCCCACGCUGAAAACUGUCCUGCGCUUUCCAAAAUCGUGAGCCGUCCCGAACAACAAGCCAUGGACGAGGGAAUCUGUCCCGUAGUCGGCGCUGUCUCUACUGUCUUGCCCCCGAACCAUCCCUCGACGAGCGACGCAAAGCAUGGUGAUGUCUGUCCCGUCACAAAUGCUAAGUUUGAGCACCACAAGGACAAAGUGCAUGAGCAUCCCAACCUUGAGACUGCCGCGAAAGGUGCGGUCUGUCCGGUUGUUGGAAAAACAGCUUGA